AUGUCUGAUGUCGACACUGGAUUAAAGUCUGAUAUAAAACCCACCAAGAGCAAGCCGACUAAAAAAAGCAAGACCAGGAAGCUCCGAGGACAUGUGAGCCACGGACAUGGUCGUGUAGGCAAGCACAGGAAGCAUCCUGGAGGUCGAGGUAACGCUGGUGGUAUGCAUCACCACAGGACCAGCUUUGAUAAAUACCAUCCCGGGUACUUUGGUAAGGUGGGUAUGAGACACUACCAUUUGAAGAGGAACACCACCUUCUGUCCCACCAUUAACCUGGACAAGCUGUGGACCCUGGUGAGUGAGCAGACCAGGGUCAACUACAGCAAGAAGCCCGAAGGACCCGCACCCAUCAUUGAUGCUGUGCGCGCUGGCUACUACAAGAUUCUGGGCAAAGGCAAGCUGCCCAAGCAGCCAGUCAUCGUCAAAGCCAAGUUCUUCAGCCGACUGGCCGAAGAGAAGAUCAAGGCAGUGGGCGGAGCCUGCGUACUGAUGGCCUAAUGCCUUUUUGCAAAAAUAAAGUUUAUAAAAGAAA